CCGUGGAGUACGUGUGGAAGUGUCAAGUAGCUCACGGUCCUCUCUCGGUAGAAGACCGCGUCCGAGCAACACCUCGCUGACUUUACACACUCAAAAAAUCAAGUACCAUGGAUGAGUCGAGUAGUUGACGUUUCCUGUAACCUUCUCUUUUUAAGCUUUCUUCCGUCCGAUCAUUUUAUCACCUGUCUAUUGGCGUUUUUGACUUCGUGGCACCUUGUUUUUUACCACCAACGGAAAUCAUGAAGUACAUCAUUGGCAUCGGAGGCGUAACAAAUGGAGGGAAAACUACCCUCACCGACCGGCUGAUCAAGAGCCUGCCCAACUGCUGUGUGGUACACCAAGAUGACUUCUUCAAGCCCCAAGAUCAGAUUGCAGUUGAAGAUGGCUUUAAACAGUAUGAUGUCAUUACUGCUUUGGAUAUGGACGCCAUGAUGAGCACCAUCUAUGCAUGGCUGGAGGACCCGGUGAAGUUUGAGAAGUCUCACGGUGUCAACAACGUCCUGGACACGGCGAUUCUCCCCAAGUCCGACCAGAAAGAGGAAAUUCACAUCCUCAUUGUGGAGGGCUUCCUGCUUUACACUUACCAACCUUUGAUCGACGUGCUGAACCAGAGGUUCUUUUUUUCCAUCCCCUAUGAAGAAUGCAAAAAGAGGAGGUGUUCAAGGAACUACACGGUGCCAGACCCCCCCGGCCUCUUUGACGGCCACGUCUGGCCCAUGUACUUGAAACACAAGAACAUCAUGGAGAGGAUGGGCGUUGAUGUUUUGCAGCUAGAUGGAACCAAGUCAAAGGAACAACUGUUCAACUUUGUCUAUGGAGACAUCCUGAAUAAUAUCCAACAUUCUUUCUAACAAAGGUCACUUGAUCAGCUAAAAAGAAGCACGUAUUCAGCCCAGCCUGCUUAAAGUCCGGCUCGCCUUAAGUUUCUUCCUGGCAGCAUAUUUAGCUGACUGCUAUUAUCUUUAAACUAAAAAAAAAAAAAAAGUUUAACUUUGUAACUGGCGGCAUUGAAUGCUGGCAUGAUUUUUCUAUCAAGCUUAUUUAUUGCUUUAUACGGCCUAUACCACGCAGAGUGGAUGGAUAUAUUCAGAGGAUGGAUGCAUACGUCAAUAAAUUAUCCUCAAUCCAA